AUGCCUCCGGUACCAACAAGAAAACACACCCCAGGAUGGGACAAAACAAUAAAGAAAAGAAAAGAGGAUGAGUUCAUAAAGACUCAACAGAAUUCUAUGCUAAAGUUUGUGAAAAGAACUAAAACUGUUGUGGAUAGUGAGAAUUUGAACGAGGUGGAAGAUGAGAAUUUGACUGAGCAACAAGAUGAGAAUGUGGAUACGAAAGCACAAGAGGAUGAGAACAUAGAUGUAGGAGGUGAUUUUGAGGAAUCUCAUGGAAUUCCUGAUAUUUUUGAUCCAGCUAAUUGUGGAAAAAUUGAUCAGCAAUGGUUAUUCAUUAAAGAAAGCUUCCCUACUCAAUUGGCCUCUACAGGAUUAAAGAAUUGGAAACACAUUUUGGAAAGACUUAAAACGCAUGAAACUAGUCAUAGUCAUGUGUCGUGCAUGAGUCAGUGGGUGGAGCUAGAUUUAAGGUUUCAGAAAAAGCAAAAUGUUGAUAAACAUAUGCAAGAUGAGAUUCGUAAAGAGAUGGGUCACUGGAAAGAUGUGUUGCUGAGAAUCUUUUCAUUAGUAAAAACUCUGGCUAAGCAAAAUUUAGUGUUUCGUGGAAGUAAUGAAAAGAUAGGAGAAGACGGCAGUAGAAAACUUUUAAGUUUUAUUGGGAUGAUUGCUGAUUGGGAUCCAGUUAUGAGAGAACAUCUUCGGCGUUAUAAAGAUGGUGAAUCUCGUUAUCAUUAUCUCAGUAACAGCAUUCAAAAUGAGGUGAUGUCAAUGUUAGGUGAUGAGAUCAAAGGUAUGAUCAUCAAGACGAUUAAAUUGGCAAAAUACUUCUCAUCACCAUGA